UACUUCUCCUUUCACAUUUCUCUCUUGUAGUCUUGUUGAUAUUCUGCUUUCACAUAUCUGUCUUCCUUUUUGAAUUUCACCUGGCAGCUGCCCCUUCACGCCAUGUCUAAAGUUUAUAACUCUUUCAAAAGCUACUCCAAAAGAUAAAAGAGAAACGACUUCUCGAUCACUUGCCAAGAAUUGUAUAUAUACACGCUAGCUAGCUAGCUAUAUGUAGCAAUAGCAUCAUUCCAUAUGUAUACACAUUUCAAAAAAAUAAAUAUCUGGCAGUAAUCGAACAGGUUAUUUUCCUGCAGCAGGCUAGCUUCUAUUUAUCUGUCUGUGGAAAUUAAGCUGAAACCCACCACGGGUUGAGGAGGAAGAAGAAAUGUUCAGAAUGAGUCAAUGGAGGCUCCUCAUCUUCGUCCAGUUCAUCUCUCUGUUAAUAUGUUCAGAGGGGAAAAUAUCCAGCAUUCAAAGAAAUAUUUUUUCAUCAUCUACUACUCCAACGUCGAAACCUCCUCCUCCGCUUGAGGCUGCAACUUCCACGAUUUCGCCAGCAUCUCCCACUCUAAGCACCAACUGGUGUAUUGCUGGAGAAAAUGCUUCCCCAGAUGAUUUACAAAGAGCCUUAGACUUUGCGUGUAACACGAAUAAAACUGGUGUUAAUUGUGCAGACAUACAGCCUGGUGGAAACUGCUUCAUUCCCAACACCCUCAAAAACCAUGCCUCCUAUGCUAUGAAUCUCUAUCAUCAGAUCAACCACAAUCUUUCUGACAGCUGCAAUUUUGGUGGGGUUGGGUUCAUAACCACCGUUGACCCGACUGAAUCACUCGUUACAACAACACCCAUUACCCAAAAUAGUUUGAAUGCGUCCCAGAAUGCUACUCGUUUACCAUGUCGUUAUCUACCCACAAGCACAAGUGCAUCAGGGUUUAACAACACUUCAUUAAGUGGAACUUUUGGUGGAACUAUUGGAUCUGGACCCAACAGAGCCCCCUCAUCAUAUUCCUCAACUGCUUCUGCACGAAUUAGCUGCUUACAGAUGUGUUAUUCCAUGAUGUUAGCAUUUCUUAUGAUAAUAUGCCUGGCGCGCGGAUGAUCGUUAAUUGUCAUAUUGGUCAAAGCUUAAUUAUUGCAGUUAAUUAUGAUCAUUUCCUUUUGCUGCAAAACUGAAGACUUAAUUGGAUGGUUCUCACAAUUCACACACAGAAAUAUACUCCGUCC